UUGGAAUAUCAUCCAUAACGGAAUUUUUUUUUUUUUCCUAUAAAGCAUUCAAGGCUGAGGAAACAUCAUCCUACACAUUAUAUAUACGCAGCUUUUAUCUUCAUUCUGGCUGUCUCUUCUCGCUCGUUUUAUAUACAUUAACCUUCAUUAACCAUGUCGAUGUGGUUUGAUGUACUUCAUAUAUUAGGCAUUCUGUCUUUGAGCUGCUGCACUUUUGGAUCUGAAUUAAAUGUUCCAACACCAAUUAGCUGUGGAACUCGGGCGGUUGACCUACCAGAUGCACGUCAGCUGGUGCUUUGCCCAGCAAACUGCACUCUGUGGAGUCUGUCAGUGUUCGGCUCAGGAGUAUAUGCCUCUAUUUCCAGCAUCUGUGGAGCAGCAAUACACAGAGGCAUCAUAAGUCUAUCAGGUGGACCUGUGGAGGUUCACAGUCUGCAAGGCAGGACAAACUACCUCAGCUCUUACGCUCAUGGCGUCCAGUCUCAGUUCCUGUCGCAAUGGACCUCAUCUUUCACUGUGGCCAGAACAAUUAGCUUGCCUUUGGAAGUGUCCGGCCAAACCAGUAGUUCUGCCACAGCUGCAUCUGGAGCAGCCAAGAAACCAGUCAAAAAACCUGUAAAGAAACCUCCUCCAACAACAGAAAACAGAGAUUGCCCCGUGGAUAUGGCUUUGCUGAUAGACAGCAGUUACAACAUUGGACAGCGCCGGUUCAACUUGCAGAAGAACUUUGUCAGUAAGCUUGCAACAAUGCUGAAGGUGGGAUCACCAGGACCUCAUGUAGGAGUGGUGCAAACCAGUGAGACACCUCGAAUUGAAUUCUACUUGACUAACUAUACUACAGCCAAAGACGUGACUUUUGCCAUCAAAGAGAUUCCGUACAUUGGGGGCAAUACAAAUACAGGUAAGGCUAUAUUACACACUGUGAGGAACUUCUUCAAUCCGGAUUUCGGUGUACGGAGAGGGUACCCAAGGGUCAUUGUGGUGUUUGUCGAUGGGUGGCCCUCUGAUAAUGUGGAGGAGGCUGCAAUUUUGGCCAGAGAGUCUGGCAUAAAUGUGUUCUUUGUGUCUGUGGCCAAACCUGCCCCCGAAGAGAUGAGCAUGGUGAGCGAUCAAGACUUCAUGAGAAAGGCAGUGUGCAAGGACAAUGAGUUCUUCACCUUCACCAUGCCCAGUUGGAUUGGAACCAACAAGUUUGUGAAGCCACUUGCUCAUAAACUUUGCUCCAUUGAUCAGAUGCUCUGCAGCAAGACCUGCUACAACUCUGUGAACCUGGGCUUCCUGAUUGACGGCUCCAGCAGUGUAGGUGAUGGAAACUUCCGGCUAGUGCUUGACCUUCUCGUCUCCAUUGCACGCAGCUUCGACAUCUCUGACAUUGGGUCCCGCAUUGGUGCCAUCCAGUUCACCUACGAUCAAAGGAUGGAGUUCAAUUUCAAUGACCACACAAAGAAAGAUGAUGCUCUGAGGGCCCUGCAGAACAUCCCAUACAUGAGCGGAGGCACCGCCACUGGAGACGCCAUUAACUUUGCUGUGCGAAGUCUCUUCAAACCCCAUACAGGCUCUGGAAAGAAGUUCCUCAUUAUCAUCACUGACGGACAAUCUUACGAUGAUGUAAGAGGGCCGGCUAUGGCCGCCCAGAGAGAGGGAAUUACAGUGUUCACGAUUGGUGUGGCUUGGGCUCCGAUGGAAGAUUUGAGGGCAAUGGCGUCCGAGCCCAAAGAGAGCCACGUAUUCUUCACUCGCGAGUUCACCGGCCUCGCGCAGUUCCAGCAGCCCAUCUUACGAGGGAUCUGCAGGGACUUCACAGACUACAAUUAAAGUGCAACUGCUUGUGUGACAGAGAGAAGGAAAGAGAAAGAAAGAAGUAUAGGGCGAGCGCAAUUAACAUAACAUUAUUUGUAUUAUUUAGAGUUUUGUUAUACAUAGAACAAACGUGACCAACGCGUACGUGUGUUUGUGUGUGUGUGCGCGCGCGUGCGUUUAACUACAUUUGCAAAGCAGUGAUGGGCUUUGAAUUGUAGUUGCACGGUUUUCAGCUUUAAAGGUAUUGGUUUGUCUGACGAUACAAAGGAUUGAUACAUCUUAUCUUAGAAUGUCAUCACACAGUAUUGUAUGUCAACUUCUCUGUAUUGUGGACAAUGUAAUUAUUUUGUGAUUUGUAGCCUUUUUCAUUAUGUUCCUGUUGAAAAAAAACCCACAUUAUUUUACUUCUUUUGGCAAGUCUGCCUGCGGAGGGGUCACUGUAACAAAAGGCUCUUAUUCAUAUAGGAACUUGAAGAUUCUAUCCCAGUUACACUUGGUAGAGGACAAGAUGGGGAAGGUGACCAAUAAAUAGCUCUGAAGAGGUUUUAACAGUGAAACAGCACCCUCCUACGCCUUCUGUCGGCAGUAUGGAUGACUAGACUUCUGGAUGUAUCUCUUUCCUUUUUAUUUAUCUCAAUAGAUCAAUGUUUGCUAAUUCACACCAUUACAUAAGUAGAUCUGGGUUAUAUAAUAAAACAAUAUGUUCCUUCCCAGAGGUACCAAACAAUAUACAAGCACUGUACUACAUUCACAAACACUCUUUCAGUCACACAUUUUCACCAAGAGUCACGUUAUGUCAGAGUGAGAUAUUAGAAUUAGCCGUUUUAAAUCUUACAUAUAAUUUUUUUCUUAUACAUUUAACGUAGCCUACUUUUUCUGUGUACCCUUCCAUAUGCAUGCUUUACUGCCUCACAUAAUGACGUCAGAGGUGGGAGCAUCAAAGUGCCUGUACAUUUGUUUAUAAUUUAUUACUUUUCUCAAUAAAGGACAAGGUGUUUUUACAACUUUUCCAGCUGUUGAUCAAACUGACAUCACAUGCCCACACCUUCAUCUUUGGCCAAUUGACUUGUCAGGUCUGGUAAAACACUGAAUCAACCCAUCCAAGUAACACGUUGCUUUUACAUAAGGGGUUGUUUAUCCUGAAUCUGACUCAAAAGAGACAAUCUUUAUUAAAAUUAUGAAUCUUGGCAAAUAUAUUUUGUUACUGUCAAAUCACUUUACAAAAUUAUUGUAUACAUUACAAUAUGUAUACAAUAAUUAUAAUGGGAUAACAUGAUGUGUUAAAUGAUUGCUUAACACAUCGUGUUUUUAAAUAUUGGUCAAAGUCAAAUUCUGUAUAUACUAAUACAUUUUUUUUUAACAUUGAAAGGUGUAUAUGUGAUAACAUCAACUAAUGCAUUAUGAGCAACAAAGAACAAUAGUGUAUUUAUAACUAAACAUUAACAAUGCUUAAUAAGUGCUGUGAAAAUGACUGUGUUCAUGAUAUCUAAUGCAUUAAAUGAUAAUCUAUAGAACCUUAUCAUAAAGUGUUACCAUGUAUUUUGAUAAAAUGCUGCAUGAUUAUCGAGACAAGGGGCAUGUUGCAUAUACAGAUACACCAUUUAAUAUUUAUUAUAGACAUUUUAUAUACAUUAUUUUCAACAGUCGUGUUUCGCUAUGUUGUACAAUCUUUAAAAUCUGUUGAUUUCGUAGUAAAUCAGAAACCUUACAAAACUCAUCAAAACUCUUCAAACUUAUCAGAACUUUUUGGAAGACUAGAAAAAAUACUUUAUUUUAUUAACCAUGCAUUACACAAACAAAAAAGGUAUUUUGUUACACCAUAAAUGGCAUUGUCUUUAAAAAAAAAAAACAACAGAUAAAGGUUGGGACACAACAACCAAACCAAAUAUUUCAAAUUGCAAUUCAUCAUAAAUGCUUAGUUAUUCAAAUCCUUUAACUUUGAAAAUGGAACCAAGAAAAGGUCUCCCCAUUCUUCAAAGCAAUGAUUGCCAGUAUCAUGGGGUGAAACCCCAUCCUCAGUCAAGUAAGAAACUGUACGUUUAAAAUUAGCAUUUAUAAUAUUAGUCUAUAGGUUCAUUUCUUUUUGGAUUGGAUCACGUGUCAUUUUGUUUACAACAGCCCAAUGAAACUGUUAACAUCGAGCUAUGCUCUGAACAAAGGAUAAGACUAUCCACAAACAGUGAAAUAAAUAAGCCAAUAGCAUUCCGAUCUCUAAUCUGUGAUCAUUAAACUCGAUUACAGUAAGGUGUACAAAAACAUCACAUAGUGACAAGAUGCUGCAGUUUACUUGUUGAUUCCUAAAAGCUCUCAGGGCAUCACGCACUGUGCUUCUACUAGCGUACAGUCUCUCCAUUAUGUGAUAAAACAACGUUAAAGCAAUGUUACAGAGUGGUAUGCAUUAGAGCAACACUCAUUCGGGGUUUCCAGAGACUGAAGACCAUUCAUGACAGAGAACUGGAUAAAAUGGAGGGCUUGAGUGGGAAUAUAGUCCCUUCUUUUAAAAACAAUGUGAUUAUCAGCGGUUUUAUGACAGUCUUUAUUUAUAUAAAAUUGAUUAUAAAAACUAUACUUUUUUUUUUUACACAAAAAAUGAAAUAAACGCUAAAGGUUGACCGAGUUGAAGAGUUUUAACUGUAUUAUUUUUCACGCUACAUUAGGGUGAUGAAGGCGACUGAGAUUAGGGUCAUUAUGGGUCGGCAGGCAGGGCUCCGUUCCUCUAGUGCCCAGAUGAUGGUCGGUGGAAACCAACUGAUGAACAUGAUAAUCACUCCAUGGUCACUGAAACAUACCUACAGGACACAUUAUCAGCUCAGUUCAAAACCAGUCAAAAGGCUACAAACACUGGUUUCACUCCAGCUUUGACGUACAGUAAAUUACAGUUAAUUUGUUUUUGUUGUUUUUUUCAGGAAAAAAAAAAAAGAUUAAAAUUGUUUGAGCACUCCACACUGGCUUUGCAAAACAGCACAUCCCCCUCUUGGCAUCUGGUAUUGUUGUGUGUGGUGCGAGUUUGACAGCGUAGAUAGAUGGUGGUGGAAGCCAUUUCAAUGUAGUGUGAGAAAUGCUACACUUGUCACACAAGGCAGUGAAGCGGUUCACUCUUUCCGUCUGUUUUAACGUUUGCAUUAAUUCAGG